GUAUGAAAUCCAGUAAGACAGGCAGUUGGUCUGGGAGACGCAGACCACGAGCCCCCAGUAGUGCUCAGUUACAACAGCCUGCAACUCAACUCGGUGAGGAAAACUCAACAAGGAUUCACUGUAACUGCUGCCAAACAGUUCUACAACAACCUGUGGAACUGAUCAUGUUCUGUGUAGCUCGUUCAAGAACCCUAGAGAUCAAUCAGCAGCAAUUAUCCUCAGCAGUCGUUCAAUGUUGGUGAUUCAGCUAAUCGCAUGCUGACAUCUUGUUAUAGGCGACAGAAUCAACAGUACUGCGAGGACGAUGGGUGGGAAGCAAUCUCGCAGUUUCGCCAACAAGGAGUUGAAUGAGGUGAGUGUGAGUCAAACGAGGAAGAGUGCAGGGAGAGACGAUCAGCCCAGCCUGUCCUCGGCUGCUGAGAGGAUCCGCAGACACGCCACGGUGCACUUUGGCUACAGCACCCUCAGCCUGGCCAUGCGGGGGCUCGAUGGGACCCCAACUGAGCUGUGGGAGCUCCGAGAACUGCAGAAGCUAAACUUGUCCAUGAACUGCCUGUGCUCUUUGCCCCCUGCGCUGGGUACUCUGAAUAAUCUGGUGGUCCUCAACCUGUGGGGUAACAACCUGUCAAGCCUCCCGCCCGAGAUUGGCCUCCUGAAGAAGCUGCGCGUCCUUUUUGCAUGUCGCAACCGCCUGAGCGAAGUCCCAGAGGAGCUGGGCUCCUGCACCUGCCUGGAGGUGCUCAGCCUGGCCAACAACCAGAUCACAGGCCUCCCUGGCAGCUUGGCAACCAUGCACAAUCUGACCAAACUCAACCUUAGCCACAACCGCAUCGUUCACAUCCCUACCUGCGUCUACAGCAUGAAGGGCCUGGUCUUUCUUCACCUGGCUUGCAACCGUCUGGAGACCAUUGCGGACCAGAUCCAGGACUUGGUUAACCUGAAGAUCCUCAUCGUGGAGGGAAACAGCAUCCACACACUGCCUAAGACGUUGUGCUUCCUGGAGUCUUUAGAACUCCUCAAUGUUGACUUCAAUGACCUGCAAAAUGUGCCAAUGGAAAUGUACCUACUGAACAGGCUUGGGAGGUUGGCCUGCCACCCUCUGGAUAAAGGACUACAUAUUAUUCACAACCCCCUCCUCAAGCCUAUUCAGGAGGUGCUGCAGGGAGGACUCAGUGCCCUCUAUAACUACCUCAAGCCCACGUGAGGGACAACCACUGUGUGUGUGU